AUGGAUCCCACCAACUACAACAGCUGGACCAAGCUCGGUCUCGUCGAGCGCGUCCGUCAACUAGAGGCCGAGCUGCAACGGAGACCAGCAGCCCCGGAGCCCGCGCCGCAAAAUGGAGAUGUAGAGGCAGCAUCGCCCCCUGGGACGACAAAGCCCAAGGUCAAGCGCAAGAUGGACCCGUCCAAGUACUCUACCCGCUUCAUUGCGCUGAAGCUGGCCUAUCUGGGCAAGAAUUACGGAGGAUUCGAGUUCCAGGCCAUGGGCAACCAGCCUACCAUUGAGGAGGAGCUUUGGAAUGCCCUGACAAAGGCUUGCCUCAUCUUCCCGGAGGAUGAGAAGAUUGUCGACUUUAACAUUUGCGAAUACUCCAAGUGCGGACGGACGGACAGAGGAGUCAGCGCAUUUGGGCAAGUCAUUGGCAUUCGUGUCAGGAGCAACAAGCCGUUGCCAAAGGAGCCCGAGCAGACCACAGCAGAGGACACCGAGGAGGGACAAACGGAAGAACAGGAGCCAGAAGUAAAGAAAAAACCAUUCGACCCGAUUGCAGACGAGAUUCCCUACCCCAUGGUUCUCAACAGAAUACUGCCGCCGGACAUCAGAAUCCUGGCCUGGUGCCCCUCACCACCACCAGACUUUUCAGCCCGCUUCUCCUGCCGCGAGCGCCAGUACCGAUAUUUCUUCACGCAACCUGCCUUUUCGCCCGAGCCCUCGGCCGCUGGCGGAGGCGCCGCGUCUGGCUGGCUCGACAUUGAAGCCAUGCGCGACGCGGCGAAGCGCUUCGAGGGAGAGCAGGACUUUCGCAACGUCUGCAAGGUCGACCCUGCCAAACUCAUCACCAACUGGUCGCGCACCAUCUUCGAGUCGGACAUUGUCGAGGUCCAGGACGUCGCCGCCGCGCUGCCCUACAUCACCGCCGCGGGCUUUUCGCCGGCCGAUUUCCAAGGAGACGAGAAGAGCUUCCCCAAGGUGUACUAUUUCCACGUCCGCGGCUCGGCGUUCUUGUGGCACCAGAUCCGGCACAUGGUCGCGGUGCUGUUCCUCGUCGGGCAGCGGUUCGAGAAGCCGUCCAUUGUGACGGAGCUGCUCGACGUAGGCAAGUACCCGCGCAAGCCGGGAUACACCAUGGCCGACGAGGUGCCGCUCGUGCUGUGGGACUGCGUCUUUCCAGAUCUCACCCAGGCGGACGAGACGCCGCUGUCAGCAAGCAAUACACACGUCGACACCAUGCAGUGGAUCUACGCCGGCGCUGAAAACUCGUCCAAAAUGCGCUCGGGUCAGUUUGGCCCGUUUGGCGCCCUGGACGGCAUGUGGAAGGUGUGGCGCGGGCACAAGAUGGACGAGCUGCUGGCCAGCCAGCUGCUCCAGCUCAUGGCGGAGCAGGCCGGCAGUGGUAGCAGCACCGAGGUAGCUUCCACCGAAGAGACUAAGAAGCCACAGUCGAAUAAGAAGUCGGCGCAGAGCGUGCGGCUAUAUGAAGGCGGCAACACGGGACGGCCGGCGGGCAAGUAUGUGCCGAUGGAGAAGAAGGAUAAGCUCGAGUCGCCGGACGAGCUGAAUGACAAGUAUGCUCGUCGCAAGGGGUUUGUAGAUGCGGCGGAUAUGCGUGCCAGACGCAACGAAGGCAAAGACACCGUCAUGCAGAAUGACGAAUAA